AUGGCGUUUAAACAACAUAAUCGUACUCUGAGUAAUUCGAGUAACGAUGAUGCUGAUAGUAUAGAUCGAAGAAAAGCUGCUCGUUAUCGCGAAAAACUUAAUGCAGAUUAUGAUAAUCCUCGUUUAAGGAGGAUUGACGAUCCAACCCUGCUAAUGAUCGAAGCAAACUCAGCUUCUGAAAGUGAACAUGAAGAUGAGAACGAAGAAGAUAGUUUCUCAAUAUGUUUCAAAUUUCAAAAAGUGAUCAGAGGUCCAAUAUAUACAGGAAAAGUCCUAGAAAAUUGA